AUGCUUCCAAAAACAAAUAAAAAAAUACCCCUCUUUCUAAAAUAAAGGACUUUCCUUUUUCAGAAGACAGCUUAUAGAGAAAAAUGUGAUGUGAUUAUCUCUCCACCUUCUGACUUUACUACUACAAAGUAAAUUGGCUGCAUGUAAAGGAGCAAAUAAAAUCUAGAUUGGGUACAAAUUUAAGCUGUGAGAUAUAUCUUUCAAAUUUUCAAGAAGAAGGAAAUCAAAUACAGAAAAUGAUGAAAAACACCUCACUGGAUAAUGCAACAAUAAACAUGCUUAAGAAUCCUGAUAUUGUGGUCAUCUUACCAAUUGUGUAUUCGCUAGUUGUUAUUAUCAGUAUCCCUGGAAAUAUUUUCUCACUCUGGAUUCUCUUCUUUCAUAUCAAACCCAAAACAACAUCAAUUCUUCUCAUGAUUAACCUUAGCCUCACAGAUCUUGCACUGGCCUCCUGUCUUCCCCUUCAGAUUAUAUACCACCUGAAGAAGAACCACUGGUCUUACAGCAAACAGCUGUGCAGCUACGUCACAAUAAUGUUUUAUGCAAACAUGUAUUCCUCCAUAUUGACUAUGACCUUCAUCAGCUUUGAGCGCUAUUUGGGGGUGGUUUACCCACUGACCUCCCAAAAAUGGAGAAAAAAGAGAUAUGCAAUUGCUACCUGCAUUGUAAUGUGGUUUAUUGUAUUACUCUCCUUGUGGCCCCUUGCCUCAACUGACCUGACUUUUAAAGUAAACCAGCUGAAUAUUACAACCUGUUUUGAUGUCCUUUAUUGGAAUAUGCUUCCCGGUGUUCUUGCAUGGGGAGCUUUCCUCCUGUUGCCCUUUUUUUUCUUUUUCUUGCUUCCAUUCACAAUUACAGUUGCUUGCUACACCGCCAUUAUUUGGAAACUUAUUCAAGCUUCUCACAAGUAUGGCAAUGGGCAGAAGACACGGUCGGUCUACUUGGCUAUAAUAGUGCUCUUAGUUUUCAUCAUUUGUUUUGCACCCAACAACUUUAUCCUAUUGGUGCACAUUGUCAGCCGUCUCACAGAAAAAGAGGGUUACUAUCAUAUUUACAAACUCACCUUGUGCCUUAGUUGUCUCAACAACUGCAUAGAUCCAUUCAUUUACUAUUUUGCAUCCAAAGAGUUUUAUCAGAAAUCCAUGCAGGUAGUAGGACGGAAGGUGCUACUGAGUGACAGUUCGGAGACUAGAAGGGAAAGUGUAUUGUCUACCAGGACAUCAGGAAGAUCUCUAUCAAGUGGACAUAAGGAUGGAUUUGAUGUGCUUAGAACAUGUUUGCAAAGGCAUGAAAGUGUUUUUUAACACUAAUGCUCAAAGAUGAAGAGAUUAUUCAUUCUAUUUCAUGAAACAAGCAAAGAAUGGUUAUCUCAAGCAACUACUGUACAAGCAAGAUUGGAGAACUGUAUUCAAUACCAGGAAAAAUUCUUGUCUUCAAAUAUGGCAACUAUUAUACCUAUGGUAAUAUGUAGCAACAAGUAAAAUGUAAAGGAACAUUACCAUGCCACAAAUCCAUAGCAGCAUUCAGCAAUGAUUUGGAGUUAGUUGUAUGUAGAAUAGACACCCUGAAAUCAAUGUGGACCGACUUCAGUGUGUCUAACUCUACACAUGACUAAACCUGAAUCUUCUUUCUUUGAGGAAACCCAAUAUAAUAUAUAAUAAUCUUUACAUUAUACCAUAAGAAAACAUAACUAUUUUGGCAAAGUUACAACCUUUGAACUGAACUUCAUCAUCUGCUCAGUAUUUCUUUGGGGUUUCCUGGGUCUUUUAUGGUUAAUUCAUAUCCAGUUGAGAAUUGUCACCAGUGAUGUUUGCUUUUUUUAUACAAAAUAGCUAAUCAAUUGUCAUUUCCUUGAACCUAUCAGUUUCAUUAUGUCAUAUAUCAUUAUUAGUUGAUCAGUCCAUUUCUUUUGAUUAUGCAAAUGUAAUUUUGGUUAUGUAAAGUUCCCACCACCAUUCUUUUUCUCCAGUGUACCAACUGUGGUCCUCAUAACUGAAUAUAUUUCAGGGAUUUAUCUGCUAAGUCAUUUUUAUGUAUAGUCUGUUGAAGAGAAGGAUUAGGGGGACAUGAUAAUUGUCUUCCAGUACUUGAGGUGCUGUCACAGAGAAAAGGGAAUUGAUUUAUUCUCCAAAGCACCAAGCACUGCCUUAUUUUCCAAGGCAGGACAAGAAGUAAUGGGCGGAAGUUUGUUAAAGACAGAUACAACCUAGAAGAAAGGAGAAAUUUUCUGGCAGUAAAAACAAUUAAUCAGUGGAAUUGCUUGCCUCAUGGAGUUGUGGGAACUCCAUCCUUGGAGGUUUUCAAAAAUAGAUUGGACAACCAUUUGACCUGGGUAAUGGUUUAGGGAAUUGGACAGGAAAUUGGACUAGAAAACCCCUUCCUAAGAUUCUAUGUUUUAUGUCUUGCUGUAUUGAAUAUUUGCCUAUUCCAUGUUUCUUUGUAUAAUGUUCAUCGUCUGUACUGCUUUUGCAUUUAACAUUUUGCAACCAUGUGCCAACAUUGAUAGUGUACACUGUUUAAACAAUUUUCUCUUAAAGAGGAUGAAUGUGUUGCCUUUGAAUUCAGGAUAAAAUCAUCCAAAUGCUCUGCAACCUAGUUUUUCUGGUUCAAAAUUUCCUCUAUUACAACACUUUCACUGGUAACCUUUUAACUAAGGUAGAUGUAGCAGUUGUUCACAAUUUUCAAUCUGUGUUGAUAAAAUUUGGGAAUUGUUGAACAUGACCUUCGAUGGUGAACUAUAUUGCUUUCAUAAUAUACUGUGAACCUAAUCUGAUCUGAAAUAACUUUCUAUAGAAAUAUUGUGUACAUUUUAUGUUCUGUUAAGGAAAUAAUAAAUACAGUGUUUUAUUCAGUUUUAAAAGCUUGGAUGCUAAAGUUUUUAAAUAUGAAUAUGUCAAGGCACUACUGAACUUGGGUUAUUAUAUACUCUAUUAAUCAAAUUACUUCUUUUAUUUUAUUUGACUCCAUUAGGUUUAAAAAGAAAAUUCUCAGUACUAAUCUUUAGCAUUGUAGGAUCUGACAAGAAAAAGAAUAUGGGCUAAAUUUCAGGAAUUUUUACCUCAAAUAUUAAAUUUGGGGCUAUGUGUCUUUUGGGAUUUAUUUAUUGAGAUAUCUAAAAUGGUGUCACUUUCAAUGAAAUUAUUAUAUUCUUGGAAAUUUGAUUGACAGGUAAAAGAAACAGAAAAAAAUGAGGAUUCUGUGAUCUCAUAAUACCCAACUGUAUGGGACUGCACUCCCAAAUUACAUAAUAGGAAAGUGCACUAAUGAAUUCAUACAAUUUAUUUUCAAGUAAA